AUGGAGUGUGAAGGACAGGUGACACCGAAAGUAAGGUCAGAGUUGAAACCAAAAUUGGGACUUGAAUUUGAUUGCUGCGACGAUGUGUUCAAUUUCUAUAAUAUGUAUGCUGUGGAAGCCGGAUUCGGCAUUCGGUGUUCUACAAUGAGGAUGUGCACAAUGACAGAAGAGGGGUAUGCAUUGACAAGCACUGUUAGUCAUAAGAGAAGACGGCGAGGUUGUACUCGAACUGGUUGCAAGGCUAAACUUGCAAUAUUGGAGAUGAAAGACAAGAAUAAGUACAUUGUUGUAGGAUUCAAUGAGGUACACAACCAUAACAUGACCACAGUUGAUAAAGUCCAUCUAUUGAGAUCUCACCGUAACUUAACAGAGUCUAUAAAGGCCUAUAGUGCAGAUACGAGCAAAGUUAAUAUUCCGGUACAUAAACAGUUAAGCCUUCUUGAGGUGCAAGUAGGGGGAUUGGAAAAUGUUGGGUUUGUUAAGAUAGAUGUCUAUAAUUAUCUAAGGGACGUGCGUGGAGAGGUGAUUGGCCAUGAUGCAUAG